AGUCCCAAGCGAAAUUUUUCGGGGAUAAUGAACAUAAACUCAUGCCAUCUCUUUCUAUACAUCAGCUCUACUCUCUCACACGCAUCGAUGAACUUUUACACAUCUCUUUGUUCAUUGUGCUAUAUUUGAAGGGUUUAAAACUGAUAGAUAACGAUUCAUGUUCAUGAACUAGUAGUGGUCAAAUGGUAAUGGUGUAAUGUUUGCACCAUGGUCGACAUGAGUUCAAUUCCAUUUUUAUUGUUUUCAUCGAUGAUUUAAAGUUUUGAUUUCUUUUUAAAACAUGCAGCUCCAGUAACUUCAGACCCCUUUACUCAUUGUUAGAAAUGCGUGUUUAACACUUUGACCGCCAGCCUGACGUCACAGUUUUUGAGUGAGCACGUAGCGCAUGGCAAGAGAGCGAUGAGAGCGACAGUUGAUCGUGCGAUUGUUAUCACUCUUUUGUUUCAUUGCGAUAAGCGGCGUAGCACAUGUCGUUCUCGUUCUCUCUUUCCUACCCCAUUCGUUCUCAAGAGAAUCACUGAGCGUCAAAUGCAAAGCUGAACGGUGAGCAAAACCGUCAUGCGAAUUUAUAUGACACGGCACUUAAAGUGUUAAUAGUCAAUCUUUUAUUUUUAUUGUUUUAUUUAUUUCUUUUAAUUCAUUUAGUAUCAGUACCCCUUCAUACAACAAAACAAGCAAAUAGCACGAUCAUGAAUAAUGAUAUGGUGGCGCAACUGGCAAAGUGAUUCGAAGUAGAAAUAGCGAUGUGGUUGGUAGCAUCAAGAAUGAAGCAUGAGCAUGAAUUGGAAUAUGAGGGAAGGGAAUGAAUCCGAAUGUUCAUUUCUAUUUUUAGCUCUUUUUUGCAUGGGUUCAUCCUUCACGUGUGUUCACUAUCUCCGAAAAUGAUCUGUAUUUCGCUGGUCUUUUCGGGGAUAAUUCGUUAACGAAUUAUCCCCGAAAAGACCAGCGAAAACCAGCGUGGUCGGGAGCUUGGGGUGUGUGGUUGGUGGUCCCGCCGGCUACUGCAACUUGUGGCCAUCGCUCAUCUCACGCACACAUAUGCACACAUCUGUCAUUUGAAAAGCCGCACACAAUCGUGUGUUGUGCAAAAAACCGUUCGCGCACAAACAGUUCGCACAUGUUUGCAAGCCGUGCAGCAAAGGGUUUCUGAUGGUGAUCCGCAGUGUUUGGUCAGCUUUUUAAUGUGUUUUUGCUUAAUCGCUUUUGUUUGUGUAAUGUUUUGUCGGUAUAUUUUUUAUGCAUUGUUACAAAUGAAAUGUAUAAUCCUGCGUUACUAGUGUAAAACAUUGCUAAUUCCCGAAAGCAAGAUGGAGGUGACGAAACAGAACGCUUCCGACAACAAGACCACGGAAGCAUUGUGGAAACUAAUACUCGCUCCAUACGGUUGGAACGAGCAAAUGAAUGAGGCUGCAAGAGAAUUUUUAAAAAAUUAUCCAGACUUCAUUCCGAUGUUAAUCGGUCAAUCGCCUUACAAAAUUGAUCUGAGGUCGCUUAUCAUGGAAGCCCGCGCGAACAAGUGGCACAAUACGACGUUAGAUGAAAUUCGUGAAGAUUUUGAAGCAAACGGGACUACCUGCGAGCUGGAGGAGGAAGUGUACCUGCAGCCAAAGCACGCGCCGGAAAUGGACGGAAGCGAACUGAUGGAAGCUGUGGAUGUUGCAGCAGAGCUGAAGAAUAUGGUGCUGCAGGACAUCUCUAAUCAACCGAAACAACAAUCAACAACCCGUCCACUACGAAAAUGCAGGAACAAAAGUACCUGCGAGCUGGAUCACUGUGUGUUCUGUUUCAACAAUAAGGCGGACCGGGAGGUAUACGAGAGCCAUCGAUGCAAGGAUGAGGCCGGCAACGUAACCUGUCCGGUGUUGCAAACAUUCGUAUGCAUGCGCUGCAAAGCAACCGGUACGAAAGCACACACCGCCAAAUAUUGUCCGUUGAAGCCGGUUAUCACGCCGGAGGAUUGUCUGGCAAUGGAGCUACGGCGGCAUAAGAUACACCGUAAGGGUGUAUGUACUGCGAGCGAGAUCAAUCUCUCGGUUGGUUCAAGCAGUGCCAUAGUUCAUAGUAAGAAGCGGCUAGUCCGUUUGUAGGACAGAGUCGUUCGUUCAUUCCUUUUUUAUUACUUUACAACACAUCCAAAGCUCUGUGAGCUUCAAGCAACAGGUAGUAGCUGACAUCGGAACUGGUGGGCAAGAAAGGCUUUCAGCAAAUAUGUUUCAGGCUGCUCGGAGAAUGUUGAAGAUAUAUUUAUUUAGGAAAAGUGGAACUUUAUGCAGGAUGAAUAAUUUUGCCAUCGAAUCAAAUAGCGUAAGUAGGUAGAGUGAAAAAUUGAUCUUAAAAGGAUGAUUUCCACGUUCGAACAUUACACAUUAAGGAUGGUAUCCAUACAUACGAAUGCGGUUUAAAUUCAGUAUUUACCUUGAAGCAGAUGUUCGUAUCAUUUCCUCCUUAGCAUCUUUAUGUCUAAACUUCUUUCAAUGACAACAUUUAUCGAUUUUUUGAUACAACGAAUCAUUUUCUAUGAAUCAAUCACUUGAUGCCUUGAUUAAAUAAAUUGCGCAGAAAUAU